AUGUCUAACUUAUCAAAGCUUCAAUUCACCGCACUUGACAUCUCGGGUAACAACUACCUCCCAUGGACUCUUGAUGCUGAAAUUCAUUUGACAGAAAAUAAUUUGGGGGAGACAAUUAUUGACGGUAAUCAAACUUCACCUCAAGAUCAAGCGAAAGGAAGUUGUUUCGCAUUUGCUGCGGUGGGUGCAAUUGAAGGAAUAAACGCCAUCAGAACAGGUCAACUCUUAUCAUUAUCAGAACAACAACUUCUUGAUUGUGAUUCGAGCGACAGAACCUUCCAUUGCGACGGAGGGCAGGUCUGUGGCGUAUUUACUUUCGUCAAAGAGCAUGGAGGUAUAGCUACAGAUGAGUUCUACCCUUAUGUAGGUAAAAGGGAAACAUGCGAUACAUCUAAGUAUGGUCAUCACUCGGUAACUGUUGAUGGAACCGAGUAUUUGCCAGAACACGAUGAAGAAGCGCUAUUGAAAGCAGUGGCACAUCAGCCUGUAACUUUUCAAAUGGAUCCUGGCGGUGACGGUUUCAUGUUCUACAAAGAGGGAAUUUAUAGUGGACCAUGUGGAAUGGAGCUGAUGCACGCGAUGUUGAUAGUUGGAUACGAUCAGGAUCCUGACGGAACCAAGUACUGGAUUGUUAAGAACUCGUGGGGCGAAGGAUGGGGAGAGAAGGGUUACAUUCGUAUGCUACGCGGUACGGAGAUCCAAGGGGUUUGCAACAUGUAUGGGCAUUAUAAAAUGUCUAACUUAUCAAAGCUUCAAUUCACCGCACUUGACAUCUCGGGUAACAACUACCUCCCAUGGACUCUUGAUGCUGAAAUUCAUUUGACAGAAAAUAAUUUGGGGGAGACAAUUAUUGACGGUAAUCAAACUUCACCUCAAGAUCAAGCGAAAGGUAUGAUAUUCCUCUGCCAUCAUCUUCACGAAGAUCUAAAGCGGGAAUAUCUAACUGUCUUCACAAAGAUCUAA